AAUGAACAACGACACCUUAUGAUAAGAGUUUAGCUAUAAAUUAAAAAGUUCUACAGAGCCAACUCACCAGUCAUUCCUAUUUCUAACAUCCACAUUAUAUUUUCCAUUUAAUCAACAAAUGGAUGAUUCGUCACCAGAUCAAAUCAUCAAAGAAAUUCCGGGCUUUGUUCGAGUAUACAAAGAUGGCCGGUUCCUCAAACUUAGUGGCACUGAGGUCGUUCCACCCGGCCUUGAUCUUUCUACUAACGUUCAAUCUAAAGACGUUGUUAUCUCACAUGACACACCUCUUUCCGUUAGGCUUUACGUUCCAAAUAACGCAAAUCCUGACGGAAAGAAACUACCCCUUUUAAUCUACUACCAUGGAGGUGGUUUCGUCAUUGAAACCGCCUCCUCACCUAAAUACCAAAAUUUCCUAAACCUAGUAGCAUCCGAAUCCAACGUUGUCAUAGUUUCCGUGGACUACAGAACAGCGCCACAGUAUCCUGUACCUGCGUGUUACCAAGAUUCUUGGGACGCGAUCAUGUGGACCAUGCAACAUGUUAAAGGAAAUGGGCCCGAGUCAUGGCUUAACGAGUACCCGGAUUAUGGUAAUGUAUUUAUGGCGGGCGAUAGCGCGGGUGCAAAUAUUGUCCACCACAUGGCAAUUCGGAUCGGGUCAGAGGAUCCGGGUCGGGUCAUAAAUCUCCGCGGGAUUAUGUUGUUAAAUCCCUAUUUUUGGGGAAAGGAUAGGAUAGGUUCGGAGGAAGAGCACCCAUGGAAAAGUGCACUUGGAGAUGUAUGGAUGUUUGCCCACCCGGGGACAAGCGGAUUGGAUGACCCGCUUAUUAACCCGGAUAUGGAUCCGAAAGUGUCGGAUCUUGGAUGUUCCAGGGUAUUAGUUUGUGUGGCAGAAAAAGAUAUAUUGAAAGAUAGGGGGUUGUAUUAUAAGGAUAUUUUGGCUAAAAAUGGUUGGAGUGGAGAAAUUGAGGUUGUUGAGGACAAAGGUGAGGACCAUGUGUUUUUCUUGUUUUAUCCAUCUGGUGAAAAUGCUAUUGCUUUGCGCAAGAGAAUGUGUACUUUCAUCAAUCAUGCAAAUGGUAAUUAGGCUUCAUCGAUAAUGAAUAAUCUUUAUGUAGGGCCGAAAACAUCCAUCUCCAUUUCCUUUAAUUAAAGUAUAAACUACAAUAAUGUGAUAUUGUUUGGUCUUAAGAAAGUGUUGUCAUUCAUUACUUUUAAAUUUUAUGGGAACUGUUAAUGUUAUUUA